GAAACGGCGUCGAAAUCGACGCGCAACUCGCGGUGACGUCUGGCGUGUACGCAUGCGCAGAGGUCAGGGUUGACAGCGGUCCACACAGUCGUGAAAGAAACGCGGCGGCUAAGCUAACGGCAACCAUCGCAACCAACUACAUGUGGAGGGUAAAACGGGAGGCAACCCCGGCCCUAACUCAAUAUCAUCCCCCCCUUCUCGUCUAAAAAAAAUCCGAACCUCGCCAAUAUCAGAAGUAGGGAAUAAAAGCGGUUUACGAUGAAGGGCCGGAUCGAGCUGGGGGAUGUUACGCCCCACAACAUUAAGCAACUGAAACGCUUGAACCAGGUCAUCUUUCCUGUCAGUUAUAAUGACAAGUUCUACAAAGAUGUACUGGAAGUGGGAGAGCUUGCCAAACUAGCGUACUUCAAUGACAUUGCAGUGGGAGCUGUAUGCUGCCGAGUGGAUCACUCCCAGAACCAGAAGAGACUGUACAUCAUGACACUUGGCUGCCUAGCACCCUAUCGUAGACUAGGAAUUGGUACAAAGAUGCUGAAUCAUGUGUUAAACAUCUGUGAGAAAGAUGGCACCUUUGAUAAUAUUUACCUUCAUGUGCAGAUCAGCAAUGAGUCGGCCAUUGACUUUUACCAGAAGUUUGGCUUUGAGAUCAUUGAAACAAAAAAGAAUUACUACAAGAGGAUAGAGCCUGCAGACGCUCAUGUGCUGCAGAAGAGUCUGCGCAGCCCAUGUGCGCCCCCCACUGGAGAGUUACAUAAGUCAGAGUAGGGGCACAGAUUUUUUUGGGACGAGCACAGCUGUGCCCACCUCCACAGAAACAGAACUGUGACAAAUGCCCCAGGGUCGACAUAUUCAACACUUUCUUUUAAUGGACGUUAAAAAGAGAAAACAAAUUUCAAUAACAAAAACAUGGCUGCAUUUAUUCUGCAAAGGGUCCCCUUAAUUUUGCAUCUUUUUAUUUUCCCCUUUUCUCAUUGACGUUUUGAACUUGACAAAAUUCUCAGAAUCCAAACGUAGCCCCACAGUGUAGUUUUGGACUCGAUGAGGGGAUAAGUGCAUUGUUCGUGACUCAUACUCUUUAUCUGAGUUUAAAUGCAGAAAUAAAAUUAAGGACAUAUCGUUUACUGUUUGAGCAAAAAGAAGAGUUUAUUUUAAGCAGGAAAGUCUUUGAAAGACCAUCACUGAAUCAGAGUCCCAGCUGGUAAACUUGGAGCGAUGCUUUGAGUCGACAUGGUGACGUGGAAACGUCAGAACUCUAUCCCUCCUCCACCUGAAUUCCCGGGACCUAUGGGAAGAGUUUGGCCACUAUGGUGAUUUGUCGUGUCCAGAGGGGAAUGGCAGAAAUGUGCCCCCUUGAUGUGGGCAAGAGGAAAGCUUAACGGUUCACAGGUGGUGGGAAGAGAUGGUCGCCAUUCUUAAUUUGUAGAAAGAAAAAUGUUUUCAGCCUGUUUAAUUUAAUUCCCCUUCAGCUGUUCUAUUUUUUACAUUGAGAUGGCAAUGGCUCAGAGAUUCUCCUGGGUUUCUUACUAAGGCACACAAUGUCAAGAAAUCAGUAUGUCAAAUGAGUAGGAAAAUGAAAACAAAACAACAACAAACAAAAAAAACAAUGUUUAAUGUGUUUUUUGGGAAUGCCACACCAGAUUGUUCAGUAAGGGAACUCGAUGAAUUAGGGAUUUGAAGGAUGGCAAGAUGGUCUGAUCUGAUUUAGCCCUGUUUUUCUGAGAUUGACUAUCAGUUUUUUUUAAAAAACCAGCUCCUGUCAGUCACAUGACCACCUAUAGCAAAUCUAGCAUCCUCAAAUUUCCUACUCUCGAUUGAUAAUGUCUCAAUUAACUACUGGUAUUACUCAUCCUUUUAUUGAAUUUGGGAGCUUGCCGGAUAGUCUGGAACUUGCUUGAUAUAGUCUUAUAGACAGCAUACUGCCCAGGGGAAGCUCUGACCAUAUGCAUGCGAGGAGAGUCAUUUCCUCUCCACUGUAGUAUAAGCAUGUUUUGUUUUUUUUUUUCCUUUGAAGAAUUUUAUCUUUUCUGGAGCUCUAUAUUAUAAAAACUUUUUAACCUCUAAAUAAAGGAAUUACUAUUUGCA